CUCCUCCCCGCGGCCGCCGGCCCCGCGGCAGCCCCCGGCACAUGGGCCGCGGCUCCGGGAGCGCGGAGCUGGGUAUGGCCGUACCGCCCGGCCGCUGCCCUGACUGCCCGGGGCCGGAGCGGGGCGGCGGGGGCGGCGGCGGCGGCGGGAUCCCCGCUGUGCCCCACCUCGGCAUUGCGGUGGACGAGGGCGACGUGCUGCCCGGGGCGCUGCGGCUCAUGCGGGAGCUGAGACCCGGCUGGGAGCCGGCGAGGGUGAAGACCAAGCUCUUCACCGAUGGCAUCACCAACAAGCUCGUGGCCUGCUACACGGACGAGGGCAUGGCGGACGCGGUGCUGGUCCGUGUCUACGGCAGGAAGACGGAGCUGUUUGUGGACCGGGAGACGGAGCUGAGGAACUUCCAGGUGCUGCGUGCCCAUGGCUGUGCCCCCGACCUCUACUGCGCCUUCCAGAACGGGCUCUGCUACCAGUUCCUGCCGGGCAUCGCGCUGGGGCCCGACCACGUGCGGGACCCCCACAUCUUCAGGCUGGUGGCCCAGGAGAUGGCCCGGGUACACGCCAUCCAUGCCAACGGGAGCCUUCCCAAGCCCAUUCUCUGGCAGAAGCUGCACAAAUACCUCAUCCUCGUGAAGACGGAUCUCAGCCCAAAGGUAUCCAACCCCAGCCUCCAGCAGGACGUGCCCAGCCUGGAGAUGCUCGAACACGAGCUGGCCUGGAUGAAGGAAACGCUCUCCCAGCUGGGGUCCCCCAUCGUGCUUUGCCACAACGACCUGCUCUGCAAGAACAUCAUCUACGACGGGACGCAAGAGCACGUUCGCUUCAUCGACUACGAGUACACUGGCUACAACUACCAGGCUUUUGACAUUGGAAACCACUUUAACGAGUUUGCGGGCGUGAAGGAGGUGGAUUACCGCCUCUACCCCAGCAAGGAGACCCAGCUGCAGUGGCUGCGCUCCUACCUGCAGGCCUACAAGCAGCUCACCCAGGGGAACCAAGGAGGCACGGGGACGGCCGUGUCCGAGGAAGAGCUGGAGGCUCUCUACGUGCAAGUGAACAAGUUUUCUUUGGCAUCCCAUUUUCUCUGGGCAUGCUGGGGCCUGAUCCAAGAUAAAUACUCUACCAUAGACUUUAACUUCUUAAGAUAUGCAAAGCUAAGGUUUAAACAGUACUUCAAGAUGAAGCCGGUGGUCACAGCCCUGCAGAUCUCUAAAUAGCGUCUCCAGCCCAUGAGACCCUGAGCUAUUUUGUCCUUGCUGCGUCCACAGCCCUCGCAUCCCCCUCGUCCCUUCCCCACCCCAGUCAGGGGCGAGGGCAGGUCCUGAUGGUGGGAAGGGGGAGAGGAGACUUGUCCCGGCCACCGAUUAAAGGAGACCUUGGACAUACCUGAGGUUGGACCAUGAGAUGCUCGAGAGGACCAUGGCCUCGGAGAGGCCCCUGCCUACACAAGGAAGCCUUACCAUCGCCUUAACGCCGAGCCCUGGCUCAGCCCCGGUGCCUGUGCUGGCACUACUGCUGCUUGGCCUGGCACCCGGUGUGCUCCCUCUGUGCUGUCCCCGAGGCGGGAACCGGGUCCCCCCAUCUACUCAGGAGCCCCCAGAGCUGCCGAGUUGCUUUAGCUGCCCAACGCAUACGCCGUGCUCAUUGCCUUCACUGCUCCCUCCAUCCCCUCUUGCCUUGCCGCUUGGGCUCCCGCCCCCAAACCAGCACCUUUCUUGGGUCAGUAUUGAUCCUGGGCUUGGGGCUGCCUGAGCAUGGGACCCUGUUCCAUGAGGAGUGGGUGCUGCUGCGCGCUGGCACGGGUGGUGCGAAGCAGCAAGGGGAGGCGAUGGCCGUGAGCCACAUGGGCUUGGGACCAGCAGGCUUUUUAUGGCAAGCGGGGGUUGUCCGCACCUCCUGCGGUGUGCUCAGCCUACAGCUGGCUCUGCUUUUCCCCAGUCGUGGUCCCUCAGAGUCCCGUUAGCUCCCUGCCGCCCUCGCAGCUUCCCUCGUAGCAUCCCAUGCUGCCGGAGGAAGGGGCUCCCAGCUCUGCCUUCCCCAUCUCCCUUAAGGCCCGGGGGCUCCAUCCUGCCCCUUGCACAGGUGCCAUCCCUCUGCUCUGGGCUGUGUCCCUGCGUGGGACCCCCUGGCAGGAGGUGAAAUGGAGCUGAUGAGCUCCAUGAGCUGGGCACAGCUUCAUCCCCUGUCAGCACUCAGCUGCUCCCCCACUACAGGCUCUGCGAGGGUGAUCCUGGCUGCUGAGCACUGUCCAGCUCAUGACAGUGGUUGUGCAUCAGCUGGGGAGUGGGAUCAGACCCCUCUGCCCCUGCCUUGGCUGCUUGGCGAGUGCUAUGGGGACAAGACAGCUGUCCCCUCCACAUGGGCGCAGGAACCUGCCCCAGCAAGAACCGGGACUGUUGUUGCAUCUGGUGUUCGUUUUGGUGCAAAAUAAAAGCUGCUGGUAGCUGGAA